AUGGCUUCCCCUGCCGAUGUUGCCACUGGAGAGUCUUCUGCUGCCCAGAAGCUUCUCCAGAAGCACGCCCAGGACCCCCACAGCGUUACUGUCGAAGAUGCUGAGGAUGAGGACCUCCCCGUCCACAAGCACAGUGCUCCCCCAACCACCAAGCAGCCCGAACCCCAACGCCCCAAGGAGCGUUUAGACACCCAGAGCCACGAGCUCUUCCCAGAACUCGGUGCUUCCAAGGGCAAGAGCGCCAAUGUCCCGCCAGUUUGGGGCGCAAAGACCAACGCCAAUGGAAAGACCAACGGAUCCGGUCCCAGCGCUGUCUCUCAGGGGCCUGCUCCCGCCAUGUUCAUCCCUGGUCGCAAUGUUGAGUCUAUCACACUUGAACCUCAGGACAUUAUGCCUCGGGGCCAGCUAAGGAGACCUAUUGCCGAUAUCAUCAAGGACAUUAACCGCAAGUCUCGCGCCAAUAUUUCCAUGGGCGGUGCCUCCAACGGCCGCCUCAAGUUCGAUGCCACUGGACCUCAAGACGUUGCUCAACAGGCACUCAAGGAUCUGGUUUCUCAGAUUGGAACUAGGACUUCCAUCAAGGUACCGAUUCCUUUGUCAUCCCGAGCCCAUAUCAUCGGACGAGGAGGCUCCAUGAUCAAGAGUCUCCAGGAAAAGACCGGUGCCAAAAUCCAACUUCCGAAGAUGGAGGAAACCCGAGCUCUGGACGACGAUGAUGACGAAGCUACCAUUGAUGUCAUUGUUGAAGGCAACACGCUCUCGGCUGCUUCUGCUCGUAACGAGAUCUUGAAGAUUGCCGGCGAGAGGUCUGCCAAUGUCCAGACCAAGGUUCGAGGCAUUCCAGCUGCUCUGUUCCCCUUCAUUGCUGGCCCUCAGAACUCCCGCGCCCAGGCCCUUGAGGAGAGCAAUGGCGUCCAGAUCCGCGUGCCACCACACCAGGUCUUCAGUCCUGCUCCCACCAUUGGAGCUUCUCAACGGCCUCAAUUUGCCCCUUCGGAGGAAAGCUACAUCCAGCUUGCAGGUGAUCGGGAGGCAGUUCUGAAGGCUCGUGCUGAGAUUGAGCGCCAGGCGGCAGAGCUCCAACAGCAGUUGCAGAUGGAGCAGCUUUCUAUCCAGCGAGGCCGCCACCAGUUCAUCAUCGGCGACCGCGGUGUUCCCGCUGCCGAUUUCUUCGAAGAUACUGGCUGCGCCAUCUUGCUUCCUUCGGACGAAGAAGAUGAUCUGGUCACCAUCAUUGGUCUGGCAAAUCAGGUCCAGGAUGGUCUUGACAAGGCCAUGGACCUCGCCAUGGGUAUGCAAAUGUCCAACAUCGACAUUGGAAGGGUUCAUCGCAAUGCUCCCAGUGGUGCAGCUGCGCAUGCUGGCUGGGUCACCCGCUACCUCCGUGAGAGAAAGGAAAUCGAGCGUCUCGAGAAGCUUCACAACACACACAUCAACACCCCGUUCUCCGAACAAAAUGCUCUUCCAUGGGAACUCUACUCUCGUGAGGGUAAGAAUGCUAUUCGCGCACAGUCAGAGAUCACUGGAAUCAUCAACGGCCACCCUCCUUCCCGAGUGCAGCCAGUUACCAUCGAUCCCUUCUUCCACCAGCAUUUGCGUAACAAUGUGAGUCCGAAGGUGAAGAAGGAUUUCGGUGUAUUCGUCGUUGUGCCUCGGGAUGGCGAGACUGAUGCUCCUGUCGUUUUGGUUUACGAGGGCCCUGACCCCGCUGAGGGUCCCUAUGCCCUUCCACGAACUAAGCCCACUGAUGCUGAAGCUCGCACAUUCAGACAGGGCCUUGAAGAAGCCCAGAAGCACAUUCUGGACCUAAUCAACAAGCAGGAGAAGGUCAUCAGUGUUGCCCUUGAAGUUCCUGCCAAAUUCCACGAGAGACUCAGGCGUUUCAUCAAGAAGGAGCAGGAAAGCCGGGCGGCAGAUCAGAUUCCCAUCCGCGUUACCAAGGUCGGCACCACUAUCACGCUCCGCGGUCCCGAGUCUGCCGUCAAGUCUCUUGCCACAAAGGCUGAGGCCUUUGUUGAGCAGGAGAAGCAGGAUGACAAGGAACGUGGGUUCACCCUGACUUUCGAUUUCCCUCAGAAGUACGCCAACCACCUCAUUGGUAAGGGUGGAAGCAACAUCAAGGAAUUGCGUGACCGCUUCGACGUUGAAAUCCAGGUGCAGGAUGGCAAGGUUGAGCUCAAGGGCCCCAAGGCCAAGGCAGAGUCCGCACGAUCCCACAUCCUGGCUCUUGGUCGCACCUUGGAUGACGAGACUACCCACACCCUCAAGAUCGAUCCCAAGUUCCACCGUGAACUCAUUGGAGCGCAGGGUGCUCAAAUCAACCGCCUGCAGACUCGAUACAAAGUGCUCAUCUUUUUCCCACGCUCCGCCAAGAACCAGACAGAGGACGCCGAUGCUUCAAGCGAGGCUGAAAAGCCGCGCCGCCAGCAGGCUGCUGACGAAGUCGUCAUUCGUGGCCCCAAGAAGGGAGCCGAUGAAGCUCGUGAUGAGAUUUUCUCGCUCUUCAAGUACCUAGAGGACCAUUCUCACACUGCCACUGUGUCUGUUCAGCAGAAGCAGGUUGGCUCACUCAUCGGCCAAGGCGGCGCUGCGCUUGACGAGUUGCGCCAGGCCACUGGCGCUAAGAUCGACGUUCCAGCUGAUCGUGAUACCGACAUCGUGGACAUCGUCGUCAAGGGCACAGCCUCUCAGGUGGCAAACGCGAAGAAGGUCCUGGAAGCCAAGCGAGCUGUUUUCGAUGACACCAUCGUGCAAACGAUUGAUGUUGAUAAGAAGCAUCAUAAGGCGCUGAUUGGAGCCAGCGGUUCCAACUUACGUGAUAUCGUGGUCAAGGCUGGUGGUUCAGAUGAUCGACGCGAGCUUGCUCGCACGAUCCAGUUCCCCAAGCAGGAUGCUGACGGCAACUCGAUCAAGAUUGAAGGCCGAACUGAGGUUGUGGCCAACAUCCUCAAGCGUAUCCAGGAGAUUGUGGCUGAACGUGAGAGCCAAGUGACAGAGGUUAUUGACGUUCCCGUCGAGCAGCACCGCUCAUUGAUUGGACGUGGCGGAGACACGAAGCGUCAGUUGGAGGCCAAGUUCGCCGUCUCGAUUGAUGUGCCCCGUCAGGGAGGUGGCCAGACCGGCGUGAAGGUGACUGGCCGUCCCGAGAACCUUGAGGCUGUCAAAGCCCACAUCCUCGAGCUUGUUCAGUCGCAAAAGGGCGAGACCAUCCAGGUCCCACGUAACGUGCACCACGCCAUCUCGAAUGGCGGACAGUUCUUCCGCCAGCUUCGCAACAAUCACCAGGUAACUGUCGACCACGCCGGGCAGCCUCUCCCUGCCAAGCCCGACACAUCAACCCGUGUGGAUGGUGGAGCCCUCCCUCUCAUCACCGACGAUGAUGAUGCUACCGCUGAUGCCCAUUCCUGGAAGGUCCUUAAGACGGCCGCUGGCGAGGACGGUGAGAUUCCUUGGGUCCUGCGCGGCACACCUGAGAAUGUUGUCAAGGCCAAGGAGGCCAUCCAGAAGGCUCUGGAGCAGGCGCAGAAGAACGACGCGACCGGCUACCUCGUGCUUCCUGACCCCAAGACUUACCGAUAUGUUAUUGGACCUAACGGAUCCAAGGUCAACUCCAUCCGUAAGCAGAGCAACUGCAAGAUUCAAGUCCCCCGAGACCAAGCUAAGGAUGAGGCCAUUGAGAUUAUUGGUACCUCUGAUGGAGUGGAGGUUGCCAAGGACCUGAUUCUGGCUGCAGUCCGCGAAGGCCUGACCAAGGCCAGGGAGUAA